AUGGGGAAGGAGAAGACCCACAUCAACCUAGUGGUCAUCGGCCACGUGGACUCUGGCAAGUCCACAACAACAGGCCACCUUAUCUACAAGCUGGGUGGUAUUGACAAGCGUACCAUCGAAAAGUUCGAGAAGGAGAGCUCUGAGAUGGGUAAAGCCUCCUUCAAGUACGCCUGGGUGCUGGAUAAGCUGAAGGCCGAGAGAGAAAGGGGUAUCACUAUUGAUAUCGCACUGUGGCAAUUCGAGACCCCCACUUUCCACUACACCGUCAUUGACGCGCCGGGCCACAGGGAUUUCAUCAAAAACAUGAUUACCGGUACCUCCCAGGCCGACGUUGCGCUCUUGGUCGUUCCUGCUGAUCAGGGUGGCUUCGAGGGUGCUUUCUCCAAGGAAGGACAAACUCGUGAGCACGCGUUGCUGGCUUUCACCCUCGGUGUCAAGCAGAUGAUCGUCGGUAUCAACAAGAUGGACGCUACCACCCCAGAGAAGUACAGCGAGACCCGUUUCAGUGAAAUCCAGGCUGAGGUGUCUCGUUACCUGAAGACCGUCGGCUACAACCCUGAGAAGGUGCCUUUCGUGCCUAUCUCUGGUUUCAUGGGGGACAACAUGAUCGACCGCAGCUCCAACAUGCCGUGGUACAAGGGAAAGAUUCUCGUGGAAGCUCUCGACAGCGUCGAGCCCCCGAAACGCCCUGUAGACAAGCCCCUCCGUCUCCCCCUUCAGGAUGUCUACAAGAUUGGAGGUAUCGGCACGGUGCCCGUCGGCAGAGUGGAGACUGGUGUCCUGAAGCCCGGUAUGGUCGUGGUCUUCGCUCCCUCUGGCCUGCAGACUGAGGUCAAGUCUGUUGAGAUGCACCACCAGCAGCUUGAGCAGGCAGUGCCUGGUGACAACGUCGGUUUCAACGUCAAGAACGUUUCCGUGAAGGAUAUCAAGAGGGGCUACGUUGCGUCCGACUCCAAGAACGACCCUGCAAAGGGUGCCGCCAGCUUCCAGUCACAGGUCAUCGUCCUCCACCACCCUGGUCAGAUCAACCCUGGCUACACCCCAGUGCUCGAUUGCCACACUGCCCACAUUUCCUGCAAGUUCAGCGAGCUCGAAAAGAGGCUCGACAGGCGUUCCGGCAAGGCCCUUGAGGACAACCCCAAGUUCAUCAAGAGCGGCGAUGCCGCCAUCGUCCGCAUGGAGCCAUCAAAGCCCAUGUGUGUGGAGUCUUUCAUUGAGUACCCGCCCUUGGGUAGGUUCGCCGUCAGAGAUAUGAAGCAAACCAUUGCCGUUGGUGUCAUCAAGGCCGUCGACAAGAAGGAGGCCGCAGGCAAGGUCACAAAGAGCGCACAGAAGGCCACUGGCAAGAAGUAA